AUGAAUUUAUGGAUAGCAAUCUUAACCUUGGUCAUAUGUUUUCCUUAUACCUUAACCGAAAGUGCUUUCCAAAUUAUAUGGAAUUCUCCGACCCAAGUUUGCAAAUUCAGAUACAAUAAUGAUCUCCAUUUGGAAUCGUUUAAUAUACUGACAAAUAUCAACCAAACGUUGAGAGGCCAAUUAGUAUCCCUUUUGUAUGAUACCCAGUCAGGUGCCUGGCCUAAUCUAGUCCAAAAUACGACGACCAAUACGACCGUGGAAGUCAAUGGCGGAAUCCCGCAGAAGGGAAACCUAGCUAAUCAUCUAGCCGCAUUGGAGAGUAGCUUGAACACCUUAAUCCCGGAUACACAAUUUCAAGGGCUCUCUGUGAUAGAUUUCGAAAAAUAUUUGCCCUGGUGGAGCCAAACUAAUUAUGGGGUGUAUCAAAAAUACCAGGAUGCAUCUAUAGACUAUUUCAAAAGUCGGAAUCCAUCUGUAACAGAUACCGCCCAGAUAAACGCAGGAGCAGGCGUCGAGUUCGAAAAUGCCGUAAAACUUUUUAUGCAAAAUACUAUUAUAAGGGCGAGCGAUUUGCGACCGAACGCUAAAUGGGGAUACUUUAUGUAUCCAGAGUGCGCGAGGGGCAGACUGGCCAUAAAACCGAUUUGGCAUUUCCACGAUGCCGCGAGUAAAUGUCAAUUUUUGAGACCGAUCAGUACAGAAAAAUGA